UGAUUAUAUUGCCUGCAUUCAAAUCUCUCCAGUGCUCAGGCUGAGAGCUUGGUCAUGAUGGAAAGAUUUAUUUGAUUUAUUUAAGUCUUUUUUUAGACAAUGAAUAUGAACUUAAACAGUUAUUUGCUAAGAUUCCUACACAGGGAACAUCAAUUAGCAGAAGACAUUUCUUGCUGAAAAUUUCACAGAAUGUUUUCUCAAGGUCCUUGUCAGGUUUCUCUCCUUUGGACAGUCUUAUUGUUUCAAGAUGUUAUUGGCUUUUGUGAACGACCAGCUUGGACGAGAGUAGCUUGGGAAAUGACUCCACAGGAUCUGGAACUACUGGCGACUAAACAGCAAUCUAACUGUUUUCGUGAUUCGAUGUGUCAAGUAUGCCAUUGUUUUACUGGCUUAGGACUAUCCAAAGAGUCUCUAGAAGUUGUGUAUGCUGGUUGUAAAGUAGCAUUCCUCAUAGUGAGUGGUUUAGUUGUGCACUACCUGUUCAUCAAACUGAAACUGAAAUUGACACUGGCGAAACCCACAACGCCCUGUAGGACAAUUGUCCAAGCACCUGCAUUUCCAGUUGCUACCAAAGUGAAUGAUGAAUAUACCCACAACAUGGACAAAACGCUCUACAGGCUGGUGGCCAACACCUCCAAGAUGAUGAAAUACAUGAAGCAUGUUGCUCACCGUUACAAGAAAGAAGUCAAAUAUCGCAAAUUAAGCAAAAAGAGCAAAGCAGAUGAAUUUGAUGAAGACGAACAGUUCUUCCCAAUUUGUCCCCACAACCACAGCUCCAGUGGAGACACAUAAUGCAUGAAACCUAAAACCCCGGUUCUUCCCUGCUAUGUUCAGCUCUUCCUUUCACAAUCUUUCCAAUCAUACUCUUAAGUCAACAGGGUAGCACAAUAAAUGACAAAAAUCUCAACAUGCUUGAUCAACCUUUUUGAGAAGAAUUUAAUGAAGAAUCUUGUGGAUGAUUGAGGUGAAAGAGGCCCAAAUGAAAGGCUAUUAAACAUUUAUUUUUAAAAAAUCUAGCCAAAAAUUAAAGCCUGUAUCUGA